AACUCAUUAAGACGUGUGGCUACGUCACAAAUCAUAUGUCGUAAACCCAUGCGAGAAGUAUGGUUUAUGACGAAGCUAAUUAACGUUGUUCUUAUUGUCAAUUUAUUGAGUUUUUAAGUUUUUGGAACGCUGUUUCUUAGAAAGACUAAUAAGAAAUGUUUCGCAUAACAUCAAGAAAGGCUGGCAAUAUUGCCAAGAAUGGAAACAGUAUUCGACUAUUCAGUGUUGCUUGCAUCAAUCAUGAAAAGAUUGCUAUGAGUCGUCUUGAACCACACACUGAUCUCAGCCAAAACUAUCGAACAUUAGAUAAAAAUCUCAAAAUUGUCCGGGAAAGGUUGAAUCGACCAAUGACAUUGUCUGAGAAGAUCUUGUAUAGCCAUUUGGAUGAUCCUAUAAACCAGGAUAUUGAAGGCAUCCUAUCUCAAAUUACCAUGGCUGUAUUGCAGUUCAUAUCAAGUGGUUUAAGCAAGGUUGCUGUUCCAACCACCAUCCACUGUGAUCAUCUUAUCGAGGCUCAGGUUGGUGCAAGUGAGGAUCUUGCAAAGGCAAAAGACAUCAAUAGUGAGGUUUAUGGCUUCUUGGGCACUGCAUCGGCAAAGUAUGGCAUCGGCUUUUGGAAACCAGGAAGUGGCAUCAUACAUCAAAUUAUUCUUGAGAACUAUGCUUUUCCUGGUGCACUCUUGAUUGGCACAGACAGUCAUACGCCUAAUGGAGGUGGUCUAGGAGGGUUGUUUAUUGGUGUUGGUGGUGCAGAUGCUGUAGAUGUCAUGGCUGAUAUACCAUGGGAGUUAAAAUGUCCUAAGGUCAUUGGUGUGAAAUUAACAGGCAAACUUAGUGGAUGGACAUCGCCAAAAGACGUAAUUCUCAAAGUCGCAGACAUUCUUACUGUAAAAGGCGGAACUGGCGCAAUCGUUGAGUACCAUGGGCCUGGUGUCGACUCUAUUUCAUGUACAGGAAUGGGCACAAUUUGCAACAUGGGUGCUGAGAUUGGAGCAACAACUUCCGUGUUUCCUUUCAACUCUCGAAUGGCAGACUAUCUCAAAGCGACCGGCCGCGAGGCGAUUAGUGGCCUGGCGCAAAGUAACAUACAUGUGUUACAAGCGGACGAUGGUUGCGAGUAUGAUGAACUGAUUGAGAUCAAUCUCGACGAGCUUGAACCUCACGUUAAUGGUCCGUUCACGCCUGACUUGGGUACGCCUAUUUCCAAACUUGGGAAGGUUGCCGAAACGAACGGUUGGCCUUUGGAUGUCAAAGUUGCGUUAAUCGGUAGCUGUACAAACAGUAGCUACGAGGAUAUGACGCGAUCAGCAAGUAUUGCUCAACAGGCGUUGGAUCGCGGUAUUCGAGCCAAAUCAUUAUUUACUGUCACACCUGGUUCUGAACAGAUUAGAGCGACUAUCGAACGUGAUGAAGUGGCCAAAACGUUAAGAGACUUUGGAGGAACUGUGCUGGCGAAUGCUUGUGGUCCCUGUAUUGGUCAAUGGAACAGGUAUGGAUAUCAAAAAGGCGAAAAGAAUACCAUAGUUACGUCGUACAAUCGAAAUUUCACUGGAAGAAACGAUGCGAAUCCUGCAACACAUGCGUUCGUCGCUUCUCCAGAGAUUGUUACAGCCCUUGCUCUUGGUGGUAGCCUAAAGUUCAAUCCUCUAUCAGACUAUCUGGAGGGAGCCAACGGCGAAAAAUUUAAACUUGACGAUCCCAACGGUCAUGAGCUACCAACUCGUGGAUUUGAUCCUGGUGAAGAUACAUACCAACAUCCUCCGUCCGACUCCUCAGCGGUAAAAGUCAAUGUCGAUCCGAGCAGUAACCGUUUACAACUUCUACAGCCAUUUGACGCCUGGAAUGGCGAAGAUCUUGUUGGUCUGCCAAUUCUAAUAAAGAUCACUGGUAAAUGCACAACAGAUCACAUCAGUGCCGCUGGUCCGUGGUUAAAAUAUCGUGGACACUUGGAUAAUAUCUCCAACAACAUGUUCAUUGCGGCAGUGAAUGAGGAAAAUGGCGAAGCUAAUAAAGUUCGGAAUCAACUAAACGGAGAAUAUGGUGCCGUACCUGACACUGCCAGAUAUUAUAAGGCCAACGGUGUUAACUGGGUGGUUGUUGGUGAUGAGAACUACGGUGAAGGCAGCAGUCGUGAACAUGCUGCUCUUGAACCCAGACAUCUUGGUGGUAGAGCUGUAAUCGUCAAAAGCUUUGCAAGGAUACACGAGACAAAUCUUAAAAAACAAGGAAUGUUGCCUUUGACAUUUAAUAACCCAGCCGAUUAUGAUAAAAUCAAGCCAACAGACCGUAUAUCAAUUCUUGGCCUUAAAGAUUUUGCACCCGGAAAGCCUUUAACAUGUGAAGUAACACACGAGGACGGGAGCAAAGAACAAUUUCUACUGAAUCACACUUUUAACGACACUCAGAUCCAGUGGUUCAAAGCUGGCAGUGCACUAAACAACAUGGGAAAGGCGAAAUGAACUACAACUGACAUAUGAGAUGAUUUUUCAUCAAAGGCCUCAGCAAUUUUAUUUAUAUAAUUAUAUAUAUAUAUAUAUAUAUAAUUAAAGCUUGUCAUAAAUUGCUAGUUUUCUUGGUCCUCCGCACCUGAAAAUUCAUCAACGAUAUCUUUCAAUAAACUAAAAAGCAAUAAACACUCCGUAAA